UUUUUUUUAAAAGUCAAUUUCUUAAUUCAGCUUGUGCAGAACAAACAUGAACAGCAUCUGCGAGGGAAACCACUACAUUCUGAAAAUAGAUUGCAUAAUAUACUGUAGAAAAUAGGAAGUUCCUCGCUUACAGAGCGUGAGAAUGUUAAGUUUAAAAUACAGACUGUCUGCUAAAGUCAUUUUAUGAUAGAGAUCAACCAAGGUUAUGUGAAUCUUAUUCUGUAUUAGUGGAUUUGCUUCGACCGUCUUACAUAAAGGCCUCGAUGAACCUGAUGUAAAUAGUUUUCAAUUGGUUUGAACAUUACUCUGGUAACUUAAUAGGAAAUGACCAAGAAUAACUUGGUCUGGUAUCUGUUGAGGCGAUCAUUUGUUGUCAAAGACUCCACCUCUGAAGUUGAGAGCAGCCUUCCUGGAGCACAGUUAGACAUCACAGAGCUGUGAUCAUACGCACCACGAUGAAACGGAGCCUGAUAACAGCUUUAAUUCUUUGCAGCAUCAGCUGGAUCUCUGUCUCAGGUUCUGAGUCUCACACUGAGACUGUGGAGGGUCGGCCGGGUGGAGAAGUCACACUCACAUGCUCUAACCCGUCCAACCGAGACGCUCUAACAUUCUGGUUGAGAGUGGUCAACAGAACCAAGGCCAGCUGGAUCUCCACGAUGAUCAGCUCUACAGGAACACCUUUAUACAGUGAUGUAAAUCAAAAUGGAAGAUUCAACAUGAGUACCAACAUCUCCACUCUCUUUCUCCAAAUCAAACAUGUGGAUGUAUCUGACUCUGGACUGUAUUUCUGUGGAUUUUACAUCGAAGGACGUUAUAAUUUCAGCGCGAUACACGUCAAUGUUAAAGACAGUGAUGAUUCUCAUGACGACACCAACAGGAAGUCUGAAAUUCUCAAGCCCAUCGAUGAAAAAGGCAGCGAUGAAUCUCAUGACGACGACAGGAAGUCUGAAACAGAGUCUGAUGGAACAGCAAAGCUGAUGAUUUUGAUCCUGGGAGCUCUGACUGUUCUCCUCUUAAUGGUCAUCAUUGGUCUGGUUGUUACAAUCAGGAAACUUCAGAAAGCUGCCAAUGAAGAACAGAAUCCACAACAGCCUGAGAACCGGGCCUCUGAAGAGCUGAACUACGCAGCUGUGGCUUUCCGUCCAAAAACAAGAAAAACAAGAGAAGUGGAGCCCAAUGUUGUGUAUGCUUCUACUAGAUAGACUCAGGAUGAAACCAGAGAAGAGGUUCAGAAUAAAACUGAUGCUUUAUCAUAUUCAUCUGCCAACCCGGUCUCACGGCAGUAAGUGAAAUGGUCACGUUAUUUUGAAUCUAUUGAUACGUGUUCACUGGGAUGUUUGUGUUUUUUUUCGUGGUGGCCAGCAGGAAAUGGUCUAUAGGGAGAUUAACGGGGAAAGCAAACGCCACACCCCAGGGGAGGACGCCUCACACGCCGGUAGACGGCCGCGACGGGAUGGCGAACGGGGAAAGCAAAUGCCACAACCCGGGGGAGGACGCCUCAAAUGCCUCCUUACGCGGAUUUUCAGCAUUUCAUACUACUCGCUGCCGUAGUCGU